CCCGCCAUGGCGCGGCCCCCCCCACGCCUCUCUCCCCCCCCUCCCUCCUCUUCCAGCACCCUGGGGCCGGUGUGAAUGAGGUGCGACCCCCCCGGCCCGAUCCCGCCCGCUCCGUGCCUUGCCCACACUCGCAGCGCAGGGCCGGCUCGGUGCACGCAGACUGCUGGGCUUCUCCUUGUUAUUUUGCCUUUUUUUUUUUUUUUCCCCCCCUUUCUUUUUAAAUUUUUAAUUUUUUUACCUCCCCCCACCCACCACCCCCGUUUACUCCGCGUCGCCAUCACCACCCCCGAAGAGAACCGAGCGAACCCCAAGCUGCACCCUCCACCCACCGACCCACCCUCGCAUCGCAGAGGAAAUCCUCACCGUCACCCGUCUGUAUCGCCCGGGGGGGGUGGGGGGAGCGAGCAGCCCACCUCGGGGCUGGGGGGCAGAGCCCUCCCCUCGCACCCCCGGCCCCCAGCACCAUGAUGUUUCGCGACCAGGUCGGCGUGCUGGCCGGCUGGUUCAAGGGCUGGAACGAGUGCGAGCAGACUGUUGCGCUGCUCUCGCUGCUCAAACGCGUGAGCCGGACCCAGGCGCGCUUCCUGCAGCUCUGCCUGGAGCACUCGCUUGCGGACUGCACCGAGCUGCACGUCCUCGAAGGGGAGGCCAACAACCCCGGAAUCAUUAACCAAUGGCAACAGGAAUCCAAGGAUAAAGUGAUUUCCCUAUUGUUAACCCACCUGCCUUUACUGAAGCCCGGAAACAUCGAAGCAAAAGUCGAAUACAUGAAACUCUUGCCUAAAAUCCUGGCCCACUCGAUCGAACACAACCAACACAUCGAGGAGAGCCGGCAGCUCUUGUCCUACGCCUUGAUCCACCCGGCCACCUCGCUGGAGGACCGCAGCGCACUGGCCAUGUGGCUCAACCACCUGGAGGACCGCACGUCGGGGACCUUCGGCAGCCAGGGCAGGGGCCGCUCGGACUCGGUGGACUACGGGCAGACGCACUACUAUCACCAAAGACAGAACUCCGACGAUAAACUCAACGGGUGGCAAAACUCUCGAGACUCGGGCAUAAGCGUCAGCGCUUCCAGCUGGCAGGACAAAAACCUGGCGUGCGAGAACGGCCAUCUGCCCCUCUACUCCUCCUCCUCCGUCCCCACCACCAUCAACACCAUCGGCACUAGCACAAGCACCAUUCUCUCAGGCCAGACACACCACAGCCCUUUGAAACGCUCUGUGUCCCUUACCCCACCCAUGAAUGUGCCAAACCAGCCUCUAGGACAUGGAUGGAUGUCUCAUGAGGACUUACGAGCUAGAGGACCCCAGUGCAUCCCUUCCGAUCAUGCCCCCCUGUCUCCACAAAGCAGUGUAGCCUCUUCGGGAAGUGGUGGGAGUGAACAUUUAGAAGAUCAGCCUUCCGCUCGUAACACAUUCCAGGAGGAAGGGAGUGGUAUGAAAGAUGUUCCAGCCUGGCUGAAGAGUCUCCGGCUGCACAAGUACGCCGCGCUCUUCUCGCAGAUGACGUACGAGGAGAUGAUGGCCCUCACCGAAUGCCAGCUCGAGGCACAAAACGUUACCAAAGGCGCAAGACACAAAAUAGUCAUCAGCAUCCAAAAGCUAAAAGAAAGACAAAACCUGCUCAAGUCAUUAGAAAGGGACAUCCUGGAAGGUGGCAACCUGCGUGUCCCGCUGCAGGAACUACACCAAAUGAUCCUCACCCCCAUCAAAGCCUACUCUUCCCAAAUCUCCAGCCCGGAGGAGCACAGCCGGGACGCGGACUCGCAUCACCCCCCCUCCCUGCUGGGCUCGGACAGCCAGAGCUCCGAUGGCAAGGACUCUGCAGCGGGGGGCAUGCAGCAGCAUCACCUGCCGGGCUGCGAGGGCGAGUCGGGGGGCGGCCCUUUGCCCGAAGGCGACCUGCCUGGACAGUUCACAAGGGUGAUGGGGAAAGUAUGCACACAACUUCUAGUUUCCCGACCCGAUGAAGAGAAUAUAAGCUCCUAUUUACAGCUUAUAGACAAAUGUCUAAUACACGAGGCGUUUACAGAGAUACAGAAGAAACGGCUGUUGUCAUGGAAACAGCAGGUGCAAAAACUCUUUAGGUCUUUCCCUCGGAAAUCCCUCCUGGAGCUGUCAGGCUAUCGGCAGCAGCGGAGCCGAGGCUUCGGGCAGUCCAACUCCUUACCUACAGCCGGAUCUGCAGGGGCAGGGCUGGGCAGGCGAAACCCCCGCCAGUUCCAGAUCCCCUCCCGCAACCUCCCCACCGCCCGCCUGGGGCUGCUGGGUCCCACUGGGCUGCUGGGCACCCCGCAACGCAGCCCUGCUGCCAGCCCUGCCAUCCUCAAGCAAGGCAGACAGAACCUCUGGUUUGCCAACCCUGGGGGCAGCAAUAGCAUGCCCAGCCGGAGCCACAGCUCGGUGCAGAGGACGCGCUCGCUGCCGGUGCACACCUCCCCGCAGACCAUGCUGAUGUUCCAGCAGCCAGAGUUCCAGGUGCCAGUGACUGAACCUGACAUCAACAACAGGCUGGAGUCCCUGUGCCUGAGCAUGACGGAGCACGCGCUCAGCGGUGAGCACUCCCUCCUCCUCGGGCUCUUCCAGCACGUCCAGGCAGCCUCAGCCAAGCCCCCCGGGGGCUGCCCCACGCCCCCCAAGGGCUGGGACCAGCUGUGGCUGUGAGGGACAGGACGGGAUGGGAUGGUUGCUGCUCCCACGGACAGGUCUCAGCCAGCUCUGUCGGGACAGAGCGGUAAAACUGAAUGCAGGGAUUGCGCCCGGCGCUGGCACAGCCUGUGCUUUUAGCCACUAGUUAGCUUGCUAAUCAUCAUUAGUGUUAGCUCACUAGUCUGCUGUUAAUUAAUGACAAAGCCACCCGAGCGCUCGAAUGGUGCACAGGCUUCAGAGUGCUUUACCCCUCUGCCAGCCCAAGCCCUGCUUUGCUGGGGGACGUGGGGACCCCCAGGGCCGGAGCCGUCCCAUUGGGGUCGCGGCGCUGCUGGCAGCCUGGGACACGCGUGGGGACACGGAGCAGGGAGGGAGGAGGAGGGCCAGGCUGCACGCGGUGCGAGAGGAGAGCGCAGGGAGGCACCGGACACGCCGUGACGCAGCGGACCCGGAUGGCGUGGGGACGCCAGGAUGGGACGAAGCCGAGCAGCCCGCGUUCGCCCAGAGCCUCCCGAAUACGCAGCCCCAAGAGCCGCAGACCGUCGGACGAUGGAGGACGGGAGCCCGAGGGGAGGACACGGCUCCCUGCAGCGAUGGCACUGCCCGGGGACAGGGACGCGGGAGCGAGGACUGGACGCGGCAGCAGGGCGCUGGCCGUGGACACAAGGACACUGCCGUCACCGAAGCGUUCCUGCGGCGCGCGCCCAGGCGAGGCUUAGCUGUGUUGUUCCUCUGCAGGGUACUGCUCCUCCGAGUUAUCUGUUUUUUUCCAGGUCGCAUCCCCCCCCAAGCCUCUCCAAACCGGCUGUGCUAUAAAUAGCUCUGCAGAAAAGAUAAUAAUUAACAAUAAUAAUAAACCUUUUGGGGGAAAAAAAAAAAAACGAUAUAAGAGUAACAAACCUGUUUGUUUUCAAGUCUUAAAUCCCGCCUGGCCGAGCUCGGGGCGGUGGAACAGGCAGUGCUCUGUUGGGGUGGGCACAAAAUCCGCUGCGCACUGCCCCCGUGCACCCCCCGAGUGUAAUGCAGCCCAUUCUGCGUUGUGCAGAGUAUGGGGGGAGAGGGCAACACUGCUCUGCGUCCCAGGGAUUGGGAUGGGGUUUGGCGGGGGGAUAUCGAGGAGGGUUGGGGGUGUGCUGUGGUUCAUGCAGGGGAGCAUCUCGUGCUGGGGAGGGGGCUGGAAAGAGGGUUGGGGUGUGCUUUGUGCCCCGUGGAAGCCUCCUAGUGCGCUGGGAGGAGGUGGAGAGAUACUCACAUUGGGUUUGGUUGUGCGGGUUUGGGGUGGGUGGAGCGUCCCUCGCUGCAGGGCACUGGGCUGGUCGUGUCCCUGCCCUGCUGGGGUGCAGGGGCUGUGGGGCUUUUAUCCAUCCCCGGUAUUGCUGGGUUGGAUGAUCUGGGGAGGAGCAAGGCAGCACCCCAGGACCGGCUCCAUCCCCGUGCACUGGAAUGGGGAGUCCCAAACUCGCGCCCACAUUGCCACCAAACUGCCAGGAACCCCUUUUCUGCUCCUGGAAAAGAGGACAGGGGGCGGUGGCAGGAGCAACACCCCAUCCUGGCCAUGGUUGCAAAGAGACCUUGGGAGGGGAGCUGUUGCAUCAGCACCCCAAGACCCUAUUGCCGCCCUACGGGAGGAUGGAUGGGGGACGGCCCCGCUUCCAUCCCGCUCCAGGGGAUGGGCAGGGGCAGUCGGGAGCAGAGCAGCGUGAGCCCAGGGCCGCCCCUAACUCUGCCUUCCCACUUGCAGACGGUGUCGACCGGACCUCCACCAUCUAGAGGAGGACAGCGUGGCGGCGGCGGUGCUGGUGGGAGAACAACUGCUGCGGGUCCAGCGGCGAGGUCCGGGCACGGGAGCCUCAGCGACAGCUUGCAUCCUUUCUGUCUUUCUCUCUCUCUCUUUCUCUCUUUUUCUCCUGUUUUAAUUUGGUGAACGUGUAGAUGGUCCUUGUGAACAUACCAUUAGACUUGGAA